UACUAGUGUUGACUCAGUUAUCAUCAUGCCUCCUAAAACGAGCGGUAAAGCUGUGAAAAAGUCGGGCAAGGCCCAGAAGAACAUCACCAAGUCCGAUAAAAAAGGACGCAAGAAGAAGCGUAAGGAAAGUUACGCCAUCUACAUCUACAAAGUGUUGAAACAAGUUCAUCCUGACACUGGAGUUUCCAGUAAAGCCAUGAGCAUCAUGAACAGUUUUGUAAACGACAUCUUCGAACGUAUCGCAGCUGAGGCGUCUAGACUUGCGCAUUACAACAAACGUUCCACCAUUACCUCCCGGGAAAUUCAAACUGCAGUGCGACUGUUAUUACCCGGUGAAUUGGCCAAGCACGCCGUCAGUGAAGGAACGAAAGCUGUCACCAAGUACACCAGCUCUAAAUAAAUUUCCCAAUCCCUCAAUAAACCAAACGGCCCUUUUCAGGGCCACCAAAUUUUUCAAAACGUAUUUAUGCUUAUCAAGUUUGUCAAAUCCAAAUUAAAAUAUUAAUUUGCUUAGCAUACAGCAAAUCACAUAGUACUGGGGCCUUGAAGCUUGCCCUCAAUAUAUUUUAUACUAUUCACCAUAUACUAGAAGCACUAAUUCCUCAGCUCUGCCAAAUAUUAAUUUAUCAAUAAACCAAUGUGACACAUUUAUUUGCUCAGAAAUGAAUUUUAAAUACUCAUAAUUUUUAUAGAAAUAAUAUUCCUUAUUUAAUUAGGAAUUUAUGUUUAUUUGCUUUAAUAUAAUACUGUCAGUUUCAGUUUAUAUAUUUCAUCUUCAAUUCUUUAUAAACU